GAAACGGCAGAGACUGCAUGUGGCCAGUCGAGCGCAUCGCGGUCUAGGCCCCGGCAAACAUGGAAAGCAGGUUAUCGAAGUAACUGUCCAAGACCACGAAAUUUGCUUCCGCCGUCCCAGAGGGCUCGACCCACUCACUUCGUGGCAAUACAUUUAAAGUCACGUGAGAUACAGCGAUGUGUGGAGCAACUGCAGCAGUGGUUCGUUGCCCAAGAUAAGCUCUUCGAGCGCUGCCUGGUUCCGAUCAGACGUCUGCACACUGCCCUUUUGCUUACUUCGUUCGAGGAGCCUCGUGUCAGCGAAGCAAGGCAAGUUUGUGCCGAGGCGGCCCGAAGCAUCCGAGAGUUCCUAGGCGGAGAAGCAGUGCAACUGAAAGCGGAGGGCAUCGGUUCCUUUGGUGGCCGCGUGGUCUUUGCUCGAGUUCGAACAGAGCCACCUGAGCUCCUGCAGGAAAUGCGUCACCUGCUCUGUAGGAUCUUCAUGCAGCAUAACUUUCCCAUCUUGGACGACACUGGCCAGGCAUGGCUUGCGCCUGGGGAGGAACCGCGGCACUUCAGUGGACACGCAAGCUUUCUCAAGGUGACGAAGGCAAUGGCUCACUCUCGAACGACAGCGGAGAGGAAGAACUUCCGGGCGCUGCACGUUUCUGACGAGGAGACAUCCGGUCGUCGUGCUCUUUUCCUGCGAGAGUUUUGGUGA